AUGCAAGAAGAAGGCAUAACCAUCUUGGGUUAUGGUGGUGGCGGCGUCGGCGUCGGCGAGCAGAACCACCAGCUCAAGGCGGAGAUCGCCAGCCAUCCGCUGUACGAGCAGCUGCUCUCCGCCCAUGUAGCGUGUUUAAGGGUGGCGACACCGAUUGAUCAGUUGCCACUUAUUGAUUCUCAACUCUCACAGUCUCAGAAUCUCUUAAGGUCUUAUGCUCAGUAUAAUAUUUCUCAAUCUCUAUCUAUACAUCAAAGGCAAGAACUUGACAAUUUCUUGACACAGUACUUGUUAGUAUUGUGUUCAUUUAAAGAAGAGCUUCAGCAACAUGUCAGAAUCCAUGCUGUUGAGGCUGUCAUGGCAGGCAGGAUGAUAAGAAAGUAA